UCCCCUUUUUAUUUCUUGUCGUUGUCAGACCGUGCGGAGCAGCCUUCCGGAGCGCCGGGUCCGUUGUCUGCAGAGGAGCUGCGUCCGUUACGUUUUUCCCUUCGCCUCUUCUGUUCUUCUCUUCUCCCCUCCCGACCGUUAGCCGAGUGGCGGCAGAGGAAAAGGAAAACUGGUCGAAAGCGAGCCGCGGUAUUAAAAAAUGGCAUCCGGUGUAGCAGUCUCCGAUGAAGUCGUCUCCGUUUUCCAGAACAUGAAAGUACGCAAAUCAUGCACCCUGGAGGAGACCAAGGGGAGGAAGAAGGCUGUCUUCCUUACAUUGAAUGACAAGAAAGAGAACAUAGUUGUGGAUAAGGACAGGCAGAUCACAGUUGGAGAUUGCUUAGGAGGAGAUGUUUCUGACCCUCUUGAAACUCUUGUUAAAAUGCUUCCGCUUAAAGAUUGCUGUUAUAUCCUUUAUGAUGCCUCCUUCGAGACCAAAGAAACAAAGAAGGAAGAGAUAAUUUUCAUACAUUGGGCUCCUGAUGAUGCACCUAUUAAUCGCAAAAUGAUUUUUGCUAGCUCCAAGGAGGCUUUGAGGAAAAAGCUGUGUGGAGUGAAGCAUGAGUGGCAGGUGUGUGCAAUUGAGGACUUCUCAGACCGCAAUGAACUGGCAGCAAAGCUGGGAUCAGGCGUUAUUGCACUUGAAUCACAGAGAGUCAUCUAGUGCCAGUCCAGCUUCCAUGCGUGUCACAUGCUGUGGGUUUUAUGCUUGCAGAGUACCUUCAGUUUAUGUAUCUUCCCAUCUGACUCUUGCUUUAACCUGUUUGUAAUUGGGACCUAACUAGAAAGUUCUGGGACAAAAAAAAAAUCCAAGUACUGUUAAUCAGGCAAGGAAGGGCUGUAGAGAGACUUGCUGCCAAAAUUGUUUUCUCAAGGCCAGGCCUGAUUGCAAUGGAACAAGUCAGGCAGGGGAGAAAACCCACCACAAUGCCUGAAUAUUAACUUGUUGCAAUCAUUCCAUGCAAUGUGAUCUUAAUUCCAGUAGUUGGGAGAUUUGACUGGCAAGUUGUAGGCGUACCUCGGCUUAAGACGUAGACAUUUUUUAGACCAUUAAUCAUGCGAACUUGAAUUGAUUACUCUUUUGUCUCAAUUUUUGCAAGUCUAUACCCCACCCCCAAAACCCAGAUGUCUUUCAGCUUCUGAAUAAUUCUGGUUUGAUUGUCCUUUGCAGUUCAUUCCAUGUAUCAUUUCCCCACUUUUUUGUAAGCAUUCCUGGACUUCUAACAAGAUUUCUCCUGUGGUAAGGGCUGACGACUCAAUCCCAACACUGCACAAUCAUGUGACCAACUUUGUUAUUGGGGUGGGGUGGCAAGGAUGACCAAGUCUGAAUCAUUGUGUUUUGCAGAUGGUUAAGUGUUGGGAGGGAUUUUGGGGCCUGACUAAUGUGGAAGCAACAUUGUUAAUCCUUAAAAUAAACUUAGUAUAAAAA